GCGCAUUUUCAUUGGUCGAUAAGGCCCGCAUUCGGGGUGCGGGAGAUUUCUGUAACGCAUGCCAUAGGGCCCGCAAAGAGUUUAUCGUUUUCACUGGUCGUCAGAGCCCGCAUACGGGGUGCGGGUGAUUUCUAUAACGCAUGCGAUAAGACCCGCAUGCGGGGAGCCAUUUUCACUGGUCGUUAGAGCCCGCAUUUGAAGUGCGAGAGAAUUAGGUACCUACAGUUUGGCAGUGGGUUUUGAGAUAAGCAGACGUACUCGCCAUGGAUCAACAAUUAUUGCUUUGUGGAGCAAUUUUGACUGUUUGCGGUGUAUUAAAAAAGAAAUGAAUAACUUCUUUGAAGAAAAAGAAAAAGAGAUUUUGGAUACGAAAUUUACUUAAAAGUAGAAAGAUGCACGGUGCUUCUAAUACGUUGUGUGCGAACUUGAAUCCGGCAUUGGAAUGUGAUGUAGAAGAUCAUGAUAAUUUUUUCAGAAUACCUAAAAACUUAUUUGACGAUUUAUUGAGAAAGGUAGAAAAAAGAAUUGAAAAAAAAGACACAUUAUUUCGUGAGGCUCUUCCUGCAAGAUUAAAACUUGAGGUCACCUUACGUUAUUUAGCUAUUGGAGAUUCUUACAAAAGUUCAUAUUACUUAUUUCGUGUGUCCCCUUCUAUUAUGAGCAGUUUUAUACCAGAAGUGUGUGACGCGCUCUAUGAUGCACUGGCAGAUUAUAUAAAGGUCCCAAACACAGAACAAAAAUGGAUGGAUAUAAAAGCUGGAUUUCAGUUAAAGUGGAAUUUUCCUGGAUGUAUUGGGGCAAUUGAUGGUAAACAUAUAAACUUGCGAGCUCCAGCCUGUAGGGGAUCUGAGUUCUAUAAUUAUAAAAAAACUUUUAGCAUUGUUUUACUAGCUUGUGUCGAUGAUGAUUAUUCAUUCACUUAUAUUGAUAUUGGAGCAAAGGGCAGAUAUUCUGACGGCGGAGUUUUUAGUAAUUGUUCUUUAAAACGAGCAAUUGGUGACGGUAGUCUGAAUAUUCCAGCAGAAAGUGUUAUUGUUGCGGAUGCUGCAUUCCCGCUUCAAAAUAAUAUAAUGAAACCAUACCCGGGAAAUAAUCUAACGACACGGCAAACAAUUUUUAAUUACCGUCUUUCAAGGGCUCGGCGAAUUGUAGAAAAUGCGUUCGGUAUAUUGGCAAGCCGAUUUCGAAUUUUUGAAAAACCAAUAGCCAACAACGUCAAGAAUACCAUAAAAAUAACAAGGACAUCUUGCGCGCUUCAUAAUUGGCUAAGAAAAAAUGAUUCUAAUUAUCUUGAACCUGGACUUGCGGAUUAUGAAGAUAUCUCUACUGGUAUAACAAUUAAUGGCUCCUGGAGACAAGUACCUCUUCGAAACUUCGAGAACAUGGGAGAAGAUAAUACCUUAACUGAAAAUGGGACAACAAUUCGGGAUAGAUUCGCUGAUUACUUCAGUAGUGAAGGUGCAGUGCCGAGGCAAACAAGAUUUAUUCACUAA